AUGGCUUUCAGCUUAGUCUGCAAUUUAAAAUCUGGUAUUUGAAAAGUAUGACAGCAAAUGUAAAAUGUAUUAAUUAUUUGUAGCUUGGUAGGCAUUCCGAAACAUGCCAAAGCAGCCCCACCUAUUAUUGUAAAUGAAAAUGAAAGUCAGUUUUUGACAUAUAGUGAGCUACAUAACAGCAGUUGACAGUUCAUAUUACUGUUGUCAACCAUGCCAGAAGCAAACAAGGGACACAAUGUUUUGCCCUGAGUGUGGAAAUGAAGUGGAAGAUUCAUUUAAAUUCUGUCCGGAGUGCGGCUUCAAUUUAAUUCUCUUGGCUCAAAAGAGGGCUAAAGAUGGUGCCACAUCAGCACAUCAACCUUCAGUCCCUGAGGGAAAGAACCAAGCGCAGGAUCAAGCUCAGGCUUUAAAAGAUGGCAAAGAAAAACAAGCAAACACACCUCAGGUUCAUCUGAAAGACACAUCUGACACUGAGACAUCCACAGACAGCUCUACACUAAAGGGCCCCUUAAAAGCUUCUCAGAAUGACUCUCAACCAUCCAAUGAUGUGACUCUAAAAUCAACCCUACCUGUCUGUACAGCUCAGCCCUCUCCUACACCUGCUAGUUCCACACAGACAAAGCAAAAACCUGCAACAUUAACUAAGCCAGGUGAUGAAACACUCACACCCCAUCCACAGGAGCAUCAAUCCGGCAACAGAGAUGAAGACGUUUCCAGGCAGCACAGUCCCUCUAAAAAUCCAUCCGAAUCAUCAAUUGAAUGGGUGGAUGUGCAUUUUCAUGCUGUCACUUCCAAAGAUUCCCACGUGAAUCCAGAGAAGAAUAAGAUUUUCGUAAAAUCUGAAAAGCUCUUUGGAUCCUGGAAUAAACCUGGUCUUCAAAUGUCCUUUUCCAGGCAGCUAGAUGACAAAAGAUAUCUUGUUGAAGGACAUGCUAUGAUUCCUAAGGACAUAAUUCAGGAGAGCAUACCUUACAAGUACUUUAUCACCAAGCAUAGUGGAAAUGACAUUAAAGAAAUUUAUGAGGCCAUCUACCAGGAAGACAAAAAUGAACACGUGAAUAGGUGCCUCUCAAUCAAAGAGGAGUUCUUGGGUCAUGAAGGGGAAUGGCACCAGUAUGAUGACGUCAUCCAUCUUGAGCUUAAGAGGGCAUUCUGGCAUAUGGGUUCUUUGAGCAAAUAUGUGAUUGAAGAAAGAAAUCUAGCUGGCAAAGAAAUGUUGAAAAUAAUCUUUGAUCUUCUGACGUCAUGGAAUAAACCAAAUGUGGGCAACUUCUUUAUCCUGUUACAGCAGUUCUUUCAUGAAUACAGUCGUCCUUUACUUCAUGAUGGUACACAACAACAAUGGCCGUUAUCAUAUGGUCCAGAUCAGGUCCGAAAACUGCUCAAAGAUUUUCUCAAUGAAAACAUUUAUCCCAAGCCCAGCAAACCAAAGGAAGAAAAGCUCUUGCCCCCUCUACAUGCAGGAGUUGUUGGUUUGCUCGUCUCCAACAAAUAUCUAGAGGAUGGCAUGAUGACUCAGCUGUCUAACCUUUGUGGUCUUCUUUGCCUGCCUAAGAAGCCAAAGAAGGACUUCCUUAGUUUCUGGAAAGACUUUACAGACCCUUUGGAAGAUAAAGAGAAGUUAGUACAAGUAUAA